AUGGCGCCCCCUACCGACCGAGAUAUCCUGCCGGAUACGAUCAAACCGCUCAAUUAUGACUUGUCCCUCUACAACCUCGAAUUUGGUGGGAACUGGGGCUACGAUGGAACCGUCAAGGUCGACUCAAAGGUCAAACAAGAAACACAAGAGUUGGUCAUCAAUGUCAAAGAGUUGGAGAUCAAAAACGCAGAGGUCUUGAGCAAGGAUGGCGGGUCUACAAUCGCAUCAAUGGCCGACGUAUCGUACGACAAGAAGAGUGAGCGAGCAACAAUCAAGUUCUCAGGGAAAAUACCAUCUGGUGAAGCUAUCUUUGCCAUCAAUUUCAAGGGAAUAAUGAACAGUGCGAUGGAAGGCUUCUACCGAUCUAAAUACAAGCCCGCCGUCACCCCAGCCUCGGGCACUCCAACGGACGGCGAGUAUCACUACAUGUUCAGCACCCAGUUUGAAGCUUGUGCUGCUAGAAGGGCAUUCCCCUGCUUCGAUGAACCAAAUCUCAAGGCAUCUUUCGAGUUUGAGGUUGAAAUCCCAGAGGAUCUCGUCGCCCUCAGUAAUAUGCCCGAGAAAGCGACAAGCAAGGGGAGCAAGCACGGUCUGAAAAAGGUAUUAUUCGAGAAGACGCCGGCAAUGAGUACGUACCUAGCGGCAUGGGCUAUUGGUGAUUUCGAAUACGUCGAAGGUUUUACAGAACGCAAGUACAACGGCAAGCCCUUGCCCGUCAGAGUCUAUACUACCCGCGGGCUGAAGGAGCAAGGUCGAUUUGCCAUGGAACAUGCUCACAAGACCCUUGACUAUUUCUCCGACGUUUUCGGCAUCGAGUAUCCCCUUCCAAAGUCUGAUCUGCUGGCGGUUCAUGAAUUCGCAAUGGGCGCCAUGGAGAAUUGGGGUUUGGUCACGUAUCGAACCACGGCUGUGCUGUAUGAUGAAGAGAAGUCGGAUGCCCGUUUCAAGAAUAGAGUUGCCUACGUUGUUGCUCACGAGCUAGCACAUCAGUGGUUCGGCAACCUUGUUACCAUGGACUGGUGGAAUGAGUUGUGGCUGAAUGAAGGUUUCGCUACCUGGGUCGGCUGGCUUGCUGUCGACCAUCUCCAUCCGGAGUGGAAAGUCUGGAGUCAGUUUGUGGCUGAAGCUGUCCAAACAGCUCUCGAACUCGACUCGCUACGUGCGUCUCAUCCUAUCGAAGUCCCGGUCCGCAAUGCUCUCGAGGUCGAUCAGAUCUUUGACCAUAUUUCGUACCUCAAGGGCAGCUCUGUUAUCAGAAUGUUAAGCAACCAUCUCGGCCAAGAGAUUUUCUUGAAAGGAGUGGGCGAUUAUCUCAAGAUCCAUGCUUACGGAAACGCCAAAACCAACGACCUCUGGGCAGCCCUUAGUGCAGCCUCGGGGCAAGAUGUUCAGGCAUUUAUGGAUCCUUGGAUUCGUAAAAUUGGUUUCCCCGUGGUCACAGUAGCAGAAGAACCGGGUCAAAUAUCGAUACGCCAAUCAAGAUUCCUGACCACCGGAGAUGUCAAGGCCGAGGAAGACGAAACUAUGUGGUGGAUUCCUGUUGGCCUUAAGACCGGUACCCCCGUCAAGAUUGUCCACAGCGCUCUGACCCAGAAGCAGGACACUGUUCGAGAUGUGGACGAUGCCUUUUACAAAAUCAAUGCUGAUCAGAGCGGUUUUUAUCGCACGAACUACCCACCUCAACGGCUAAUGAAGCUCGGCGCAGCUCAUGAGCAUCUCUCAAUUGAAGACAAGAUUGGUCUGAUGGGCGAUGCAACUGCUUUGGCAAUUGCAGGGAAUGGUACAACGGCUGCCCUCUUGUCUCUCCUCGAAGGCUUCAAGGAGGAGAAGAGCUUCUUGGUGUGGCAACAGAUCGCCAGCUCCUUAUCAAAAGUGCGGCAGGUCUUUGCCUCUAACAAGGAGAUUUCGGCGGGACUUAAGAAAUUCACCCUCAAAUUGGUUUCUCCGGCUGCGGAGGCAAUAGGCUGGGACUACCCUAAAGGUGAAGAUUACCUGACUGGUCAAUCCAGAAAACUCCUGCUCGGCUCCGCUGCAGGAGCCGGCCAUCAAGGAAUCAUCUCUGAAGGGCAAAAGAAAUUCGCAGCCUGGAAAUCCGGGGAUGGGAAAGCCAUUCACCAAAAUCUUCGCGGCGUAGUUUUCAACUUGGCAGUCGCAAAUGGCGGACAGGCAGAGUAUGACGCCAUUAAAGAGGAGUUCAUCAAGACCACCAGUGUUGAUGGAAAAGAAAUCUGCAUUCAGGCUCUUGGCCGCUCAAAGAACUCGGACCAUGCAUGGGAUUUGCUCGACUUUGUCACCUCGGAAGAAGUCCCUCCACAGGACGCGCACGGGGGCAUUAUCGCCGUGUCCAAUAAUAACGAAACCCGGCAUGUGGCUUGGGAGUAUACGAAGAAGAACUGGUCACGAGUCUUCAAGCGAUUGGGAGUGACCUCUGUGAUCAUUGACAGAUGGAUCAAGUCAGGUCUCCCCAAGUACUCGGAUCUCAAGGUGAGGGAUGAUAUCGAACAAUUCUUCAAAGACAAGGAGACUGGGCAGUUCAGCAGGAGUCUGGUCAUCGUGCAUGACACGAUUACAGGUAAUGCAGGAUACAAAGAUCGUGAUGAGGCAGGGUUGUUGGAGUGGUUGAAGGUACACGGAUACGAUUACCUCUUCAAGCUCUUGCUUAUUGGCGACUCCGGUGUUGGAAAGUCAUGCCUGUUGUUGCGAUUCGCUGAUGACACGUACACCGAGUCUUACAUCUCUACCAUCGGCGUCGAUUUCAAAAUCCGAACCAUCGAACUUGAUGGAAAGACUGUCAAGCUACAGAUUUGGGAUACUGCCGGUCAAGAACGAUUCCGAACUAUCACCUCCUCUUAUUACCGAGGCGCUCAUGGCAUCUGUGUGGUCUACGAUGUGACGGACAUGGACUCGUUCAACAACGUCAAGCAAUGGCUGCAAGAAAUUGACCGAUAUGCGACUGAGGGAGUCAACAAGCUACUUGUGGGCAACAAGAGUGAUAUGUCGGACAAGAAGGUGGUCGAGUACACCAUGGCAAAGGAGUUUGCCGACAGCUUGGGAAUCCCAUUCCUCGAGACCUCCGCAAAGAAUGCAUCCAACGUUGAACAAGCCUUUUUGACCAUGGCCCGGCAAAUCAAGGAACGCAUGGGAACCACCACGGUCAACAACAAGCCUACGGUUCAAGUCGGACAGGGCCAAGGUGUGCAGUCGGGUGCUGCUGGUGGUUGCUGCUAA